AUGCGCCUCUUUCGCUCUUCCAUGCGCGCGUCAUCGCUUCUUCAAACGCGAUCCUUCGCCACCAAUGCCUCCGAAUUACGCUCGGCUGUUUUCAAAGAUCAUUUGCGUACAGUGAAAAUGGCUGAAUCCAUGGAGACGGUCCUCCCUGGCGGACGAAAUCUUUUUCCACUACUCCCGAAAGCCUUCACCGGCAUCAAGCAGGUUGGUGUGAUUGGCUGGGGCUCGCAGGGACCCGCACAGGCUCAAAAUCUGCGAGACUCGCUUGAGGGCACGGACAUUAAGGUCAAAGUUGGUCUUCGCGAAGGUUCAUCCUCUAUCGCCAAGGCUAAUGCCGCUGGUUUUAGUGAGGACAAGGGCAAUCUCGGUGAAAUGUUUGAUGUUAUCAAAGAGUCUGACUUGGUGGUUCUACUUAUAAGUGAUGCGGCUUCCGUAGCAUUGUACCCCAAGAUUUUCCCCCUGAUUAAAUCGGGUGCCACUCUCGGUUUAUCCCACGGGUAUCUACUUGGACAUCUCGAAUCCAUCAAUGAAACUUUCCCUAAGGACAUUAACGUUGUCAUGAUGGCUCCAAAAGGAAUGGGUCCGAGUGUACGUCGCUUAUACGUGCAAGGAAAAACCGUUAACGGAGCUGGAAUCAACUCAAGUGUGGCAAUUCACCAAGAUGUGACUGGCAACGCGACCGAAAUUGCUCUGGGGUGGAGUGUUGGUGUCGGUGCCCCUUACACGUUUUACACGACCAUGGCUGACGAGUAUAAAUCAGACAUUUUUGGUGAACGCUGCAUUUUGCUUGGUGGUGUUCACGGUCUCGUGGAAUCUCUUUUCCGUCGCUAUGUGCAGAACGGCAUGAGUCCCGAAGAUGCUUUCAAGAACUCGGCCGAAUGUAUUACGGGCCCAUUGAACGAAAAAAUUUCUCAUUCCGGUAUCAAGUCGGUGUAUGAAAGUUUCAAGGGCGAAGACAAGAUCAUUUUUGAGAAAGCGUACACAGCCGCUUACACGCCGUGCCGCGACAUUAUUGAGGAAGUAUACGACGAUGUAGCGUGUGGCAAUGAGAUUCGCAGUGUGAACAAUGCUGUAGCUCGCCACGAUCGCUUUCCAUUUGGGAAAAUUGAUCAAACAUACACGUGGAAAAUUGGUGAGAAGGUGCGUGCGGCUCGUGAUGGCAACUUUGUAUUGAAUCCUUUCACUGCUGGAUCGUACGUGGCUAUGAUGAUGGCACAAAUUGAUGUGCUUAUAAGUCAUGGUCACUGCUAUUCGGAGGUUGCGAAUGAGUCGGUGAUCGAGUCGGUGGACUCGCUUAAUCCAUACAUGCAUGCACGUGGUGUUGCUUACAUGGUCGAUAAUUGCUCGACAACGGCACGUCUCGGCUCGCGCAAAUGGGCUCCUCGCUUUGACUAUAUUCUGACGGAGCAAGCAUAUGUUGCUGUUGACGGCAACCAGAUCAAAAACGAGGCAAAGAUCAUGAGCGAAUUCAAGAAUCACAAGAUUCACGAUGUGCUUGCUGUGUUUGCAAGUAGUAAUUCAACUAUGCACUUUUGCCAAGAGAAACGCUUGUUUUGCAGAAAGGUCCUACUGUUGGUACUGGGCGCUUUGGAGAGGUCUCAAUCGCUCUUCGAUUGCCAAGUAAAGCAAAUAUUUGUCCAGGAAGAAUUAGAUCAAGGCAACGACAUUAGUUCGUUAUCGUUGCAGCGUGUGCAGAGCUGGAAGCAGAUUGAGCGCGAGCUAAAUAUACUUCAACUUUUACAACGCCAUGACCACCGCAACAUCGUACGGUAUCUUGGCAGCGAGCGCAACGGACCGUCUGUUAACAUCUUUAUGGAGUAUCUUCCGGCAGGCUCGCUGAGCAAAGUGUUGAAGCAAUUCGGACCAUUUAGUGAAGAGAUGGUCCGGGCUUAUGUUCGUGAUGUGGUACAAGGUGUAUCGCAUUUGCAUGAGCUAGGUAUUGCGCAUCGCGACCUUAAGUGCGCCAACUUAUUACUUGCAGACGACGAGCUUGGUGGUGUUAAGAUUGCAGAUUUUGGAACAGCGAAGAUGGUUGCUUUUGAAGUACGAAAUGGUGUGAAUGUAGAUCAGCAACGCCAGAUGGACACAUUAAGAUCCGUGCGUGAUGGCAUGGGCUCACCAUUUUGGAUGGCGCCCGAGAUUGUUCGCGCUGAAAAGGGGACAGAUUCCUGGUGCAAGGCAGAUGUUUGGGGCAUCGGUUGUAUCGUGAUUGAAAUGGUUACAGGGAGGCCACCAUGGGAAAAUUUGUCUAACCCGCUUACCGCCAUGUUUCACAUUGCAUCUGCUUCCACAAUCCCAGACUUUCCGAAUCACUUAUCAUCGGCAGCUCACGAUUUCUUGUUGAGGUGUUUCGAAAAGAACCCGGACAAUCGUGCAUCCGCCACCGAAUUACUCCAGCAUAGGUUUCUGCUUGAAUCACCAAAGUCUUCGUGA